CUGCGGGCCGAGGCUGCCCUCCCCGCACGCUACUUUUACGUGCAGGCCGUGGACGCCGAAGGGCAAAGGUUCACUUCAUCACCAGGUGAAAAUGCAUUCCAGGUGAAGAUCACUGCUCCUGAUGAACAGUUCACUCGUGUUGGGGUGCAAGUACUAGACAGGAAAGAUGGGUCCUUCCUUGUGAGAUACAGGAUGUAUGCAAGCUACAAAAACCUGAAGAUAGAAGUCAAAACUGGAGACAAACAUGUUGCAAAGUCUCCAUAUAUUUUAGAAGGACCUGUUUACCAUGAAAACUGUGACUGCCCUCAGGAGGAAAGCAGUGCAUGGCUGGAAGAGAUGAACUGCCCUCAAAUCAUUCCACAGAUUCAGAGAGACCUAGCAAAUUUCCCCGUUGUUGAUCCAGAUAAGAUUGCAACAGAAAUCCCACAGAGGUUUGGACAACGACAGAGUCUGUGUCAUUACACCAUCAAAGAUAACACGGUUCAUAUAAAAACAUAUGGGGAACAUGUUGGCUUCAGAAUUUUCAUGGAUGCCAUACUGCUUUCAUUGACCAGAAAAGUGAAAAUGCCAGAUGUAGAAUUUUUUGUUAAUUUGGGGGACUGGCCUCUGGAGAAAAGGAAGUCCCCAGAGAACCUGCACCCCAUCUUCUCAUGGUGUGGGUCCAGUGAGUCAAAAGACAUUGUGAUGCCAACGUAUGACUUAACAGACUCAGUUUUGGAGACUAUGGGACGAGUCAGUCUGGAUAUGAUGUCAGUUCAAGCAAAUACUGGCCCGCCCUGGGAAGAGAAGAAUACCACAGCCUUCUGGAGAGGUCGUGACAGCCGCAAAGAGAAGCUCAGCAAGAAAUUCCCAGAGAUCAUAGAUGCUGCUUUCACAAACUUUUUUUUUUUUAAACACGAUGAAAGCCUCUAUGGCCCCAUUGUUAAGCACAUCUCAUUUUUUGAUUUUUUUAAGUAUAAAUACCAGAUUAAUAUUGAUGGCACAGUGGCAGCAUACAGAUUGCCUUAUCUACUAGCAGGAAACAGUGUGGUGCUAAAGCAAGACUCUAUCUACUACGAGCAUUUUUAUAACGAGCUGCAGCCAUGGAAACAUUAUAUUCCAUUUAAAAGUGACCUGAGUGAUCUGCUAGAAAAACUACAGUGGGCAAAAGAGCAUGAUGAAGAGGCAAAAAUUAUUGCAAAAUCGGGACAAGAGUUUGCAAGAAACAAUCUCAUGGGAGACCACAUUUUUUGUUACUAUUUCAAGCUUUUCCAGGAGUACGCCCGCUUGCAAGUGAGUGAGCCAAAAGUCAGAGAGGGGAUGGAGAAGGUGCAGCAGCCUGACGAUGACCUUUUUCCCUGUACUUGCCACAGAAAAAAGGCCAAAGAUGAACUCUGA